AUGACGGUUGGCGUCGCUGGUAAAGUCGACGGGCGCGGUUCCAAGCUCUCGGUUGCAAGCGUGCGGGGCUCCGUCAAGGAGCUUUUGGCUGAGGCCAACGGCGACAAGAAGCGCAACUUCGUUGAGACGAUUGAGCUCCAAAUUGGUCUCAAAAACUACGACCCCCAGCGCGACAAGCGUUUCUCGGGCACUGUAAAACUCCCGAACGUCCCCCGUCCUCGCAUGUCCAUCUGCAUCCUGGCUGAUGCGGCGACAUCGACCUACAUGUCUGUGGACGAUCUCAAAAAGCUUAACAAGAACAAGAAGCUUACUCUCAUCAAGCAGAUCCCUCGUCUUCUCGGGCCCGGUCUCUCCAAGGCCGGCAAGUUCCCGACUCCCGUGGCCCACGCUGAGGAUCUCUCGAACAAGCUGACCGAGGUCCGCUCGACCAUCAAGUUCCAGCUCAAGAAGGUCUUGUGUUUGGGUGUCGCCGUUGGCCACAUUCAGAUGACCGAUGACCAGGUCCUUGGCAACGUCAUGUUGAGCAUCAACUUCCUCGUGUCACUGCUCAAGAAAAACUGGCAGAACGUUAAGUCGCUCCACAUCAAGACUACGAUGGGCAAGCCCAUUCGUCUCUUCUAAGCGGCGUGCUGCUACGAGGAACGGGGACGAGUCCGAGGCCGAUCAUCGAGGUUGUUAGCUGUAAUGCACCACAUGAAGCCCGCACGCUUAUACCAACGGUCUGCAGUGGCAGCGCCGAUUGGGAGCCGAUGCAGCUGUAUAACCUCGCUCACGAUUGUUUCUUACACGCCCUCCGCAUUACAUACAUGACCAUAUAUUGCUUGUAUCCUUAUGACAAUGCAGCCAUGCCAUCCACAGUAAUACUGUGAAUGUACAUCACCGUUCGCUCUGAGCGAGCAAUUGUCGGCCGGGCUGAGCCUGGCUGAGCGCUGGG